UGUUCGGCUUGCAAAUUUUAUAAUUUCCCGAAUUACUUGUAUUUUACUUUAAAAUUCACUAAAAUAAUUAAUACUCGGAUGUCUUAUUAAAAUGUCUAAACGCAACAGUAUUGGUAGUGCCAACACACUAUUCAACUAUUUCACAAAAACCCCUCCAAGUACUAAAAAAACAAUUGGUGAAGCAAAGAAGGCUUUAAACUCUUCAGCGUGCAAAGAUGAAGUUAAAAGCAGCAAAAGAGACAGACCCUCUUUAUCCCCUGAACCUCCACAUGCUGAGGACAGUGAUGAGGAUAUUGUGGUGAAGAAGAGGAAGAGAAUAAGACCAAACCCAGUUGAUUCCGAUGAUUCUGAUGUGGAGAACAAAGCAGUAAAUGAAGUAGAAACACCAAAGGAGAAGAGUAAAUUUGAAAAGAAACUCCAAGACAGCUUCAGAUAUGAACCAGGGGAUUCCCCUAAAAGUAGCAAAAAGAAGAGUGCCACUACCAAGGAAAAAGUACAAAUAAAAUCUGAGCCACAAGAUGAACCAAUAGCAGCAGACGAUGGAAAUUGGACACACUGUAAGCUCGAGUGGUUGAAGCCGGAAAAGGUGCGGGAUGCAAAAAGACGGAGGCCUAACGAUCCAGAUUAUGAUCCCUCUACACUGUAUGUUCCGCCGGAAUUUCUUAAGUCGCAAACCCCUGCACAUCGGCAAUGGUGGGAUAUGAAGUCCACACAUUUUGACUGUGUGUUAUUCUUCAAAGUGGGCAAAUUUUAUGAGCUUUACCACAUGGAUGCCGCAGUUGGUGUCAAUGAAUUGGGUUUUUCUUACAUGAAGGGGGAGUUUGCACACUCAGGAUUCCCAGAGAGUGCGUACGCGCGUAUGGCGGCUACGCUCGUCUCCAAAGGUUACAAAGUGGCGAGGGUGGAGCAGACAGAGACACCGGACAUGAUGCAGGAGAGAUGCAAGCAAAUGGGCACAACGAGCAAGUUCGACAAGGUGGUGCGGCGCGAGAUAUGCCAGGUGGCGGUGCGGGGGGCGCAGGCCUGCGGGCUGCAGGACGCCGGGCCCGCGGACUCCGGCGCGCUAUACAUGAUGGGGCUGGCCGAGGAAAGCACCAGCGUCAGACGGUACGGCGUGUGCUUCGUGGACACGUCUAUCGGCCAGUUCUAUAUCGGCGAGUUCGAUGACGACAAACACUCGUCCAGACUGCUCACUACGUUGGCGCAUUACCCGCCUGUGCUGAUAGUCCACGACCGUCGGCUAUGUCAACACACCUCGCGCCUCCUGGCGACUCGCUGGCACGGCGCGCGCCGCGAGCCGCGAACUCUACGGGACCCUGAGGCAGUACUUAAGACCCUAGCUGACAACUACUACGAGAACGCCUGGCCGGACGGACUGCAGCCGCUGCUCAGCCCGCGUGACGCUUUGGGGCUGACGCCUGCACCCAACUGCUCGCUGGCCAUCAAAGCGCUCGGGGCGUGCGUCACAUACCUCACGGAAUGCCUGCUAGACCUACAAGUAUUGACCAUGGGGCAGUUUACGAGGUACACGCCACCGGACGUACAGACAGACACGAAUACAGACACGCAAGAGAAGAGCGAGUGGACCGGCGGCAACACGAUGGUGCUUGACGCCAUAACGCUCAAGAACCUAAGGAUUGUACAAGACGAGGGCUGCUUGUAUGACAGAUUGAAUUUUUGCUCAACGCCUAUGGGAAAGAGAUUCCUGUACCAAUGGGUUUGUUCUCCGAGCUGCAACUUAACGGUGAUCAAAGAGAGACAGGAGGCGGUUAAAUACUUGUUCAACGAUCAGCAGACAUGUCAAGAUGCUAAGGAUAUACUUACGUCGUUGCCGGAUUUGGAACGGCUGUUGUCUAAAGUGCACACCCUAGGCAACCUAAAGAGAUCGAAGUGCCAUCCAGACUCCCGGGCUAUAUUCUACGAGGAGAAAACCUACACCAAGCGCAAAGUGCUAGACUUCAUAGCGGUGUUGAACGGGUUCGCGGCUGCGCUCAACCUGAUGAAACUCUUCUCCGAGGUUGAUUCGGCGUUGAUAAAGAGGGUCUCGCAGUUCGCUCCGGAUGGACGGUAUCCCGAUUACAGGGAUACGUUGAAAUUUUUCAAGGAAGCCUUUAAUCAAAAAGAAGCGGAGAAAGAAGGUCAUAUUCUACCCAGUGCAGGCGUAGACCAGGAAUAUGACCACACCCUCACUCUCAUAAAGGAAAUAGAAGGAGAAUUGCAGGAGUAUUUGACCGAGCAAGAGAAAUUCUUCAGAUGUCGGGUGACAUACGUAGGUACGGAUAAGAAGCGAUAUCAAUUGGAAGUGCCGUUAAGCGCGGCCUCGCGCGCCGGACCGGACUACCAACUUGAAGGUGCGCGCAAGGGGUUCAAGAGAUUCUCCACUGAUGAGACGAAGGAACUAUUAGAGCGCAUGAUAGCCGCGGAAGAGCAGAAACGCAACGUGCUGAAGGACUUGAGUCGUCGAAUAUUCGAGAAGUUCUCCUCCCAUCACAGCCAGUGGGAGACGGCGGUGCAGUGUGUAGCGACCCUGGACGUACUGCUCGCGCUGGCGGAGUUCGGCCGGCAGCAGAGCGGCGACGUCUGCGUGCCGGACAUCACGUGUGAUGACCAGCCCUACAUAGAUAUAGAAGAAGGCCGGCACCCGUGUAUCACGGUCGAGGACUUCAUACCGAAUGGCACUACGCUGCGUGGGGAUGGCAGGCUUCUCUUGCUAACCGGACCGAACAUGGGGGGCAAGUCCACGCUCAUGCGACAACUGGGCCUCAUCACUGUGUUAGCGCAUUUGGGUAGCUACGUGCCGGCAGCUCGCUGCAGCCUCAGCCUCGUCGACCGCAUAUUCACGCGGCUGGGCGCGGCGGACGACAUACUGGCGGGCCAAUCGACCUUCCUCGUGGAGAUGAACGAGACGGCCGCUAUUGUGCGACACGCGACUCCGCACUCGCUUGUUCUGCUGGAUGAACUUGGUCGUGGAACGUCGACUUACGACGGCGCGGCGCUGGCGUGCGGCGUGUGCGCAGCGUUGGCGGCGCGCAGUUGCCGAACGGUGUUCAGCACUCACUACCACACAUUGGUGCACCAUCUAGCGAGCGCGCCGGGCGUGCUGCUUUCGCAUAUGGCGUGUAUGGUUGAGACGGACGAGACGACGGACUCUGACGAGAUACCCGAGGAGACGAUAACGUUUCUGUACAAACUGUCACCGGGCGCCUGCCCCAAAUCGUACGGGUUCAACGCGGCGCGACUCGCGGGGAUUCCCCGGGACAUUACACGCAGGGCUCAACUGGUAUCGCGGGAUUUGGAGAAGGAAGCAAUAGCGGUGCGUGCAUUCCGCACGAUAGUGAAAACGUCAAACGCCGACUCGGUCAGGGAGAUGUUGCAAACCCUAGUAAUAUAACUUCUUGUAGCAUAAGGUUAUAUAACCUCUUGUAGCAUGGGGCUAUAUAACCUCUUGUAGCAUGAGGCUAUAUAACCUCUUGUAACAUGAGGCUAUAUAACCUCUCGUAGCAUGAGGCUAUAUGUAUAACCUCUUGUAGCAUGAGGCUAUAUAACCUCUUGUAGCAUGAGGCUAUAUAACCUCUUGUAGCAUGAGGCUAUAUAACCUCUUGUAGCAUGAGGCUAUAUAACCUCUUGUAACAUGAGGCUAUAUAACCUCUCGUAGCAUGAUGCUAUAUGUUUAACCUCUUGUAGCAUGAGGCUGUAUAAUUUCUUGUAGCAUGAGGUUAUAUAACCUCUUGUAGCAUAAGAUUAUAUAACCUCUUGUAGCAUGGGGCUAUAUAACCUCUUGUAGCAUGGGGCUAUAUAACCUCUUGUAGCAUGAGGCUAUAUAACCUCUUGUAACAUGAGGCUAUAUAACCUCUUGUAACAUGAGGCUAUAUAACCUCUUGUAACAUGAGGCUA